UGCUUAUUUAGGGGCAGGGAUGGCGAAAACGCUCGAUUCCAGGAUUUGACUUUUUUCAAAAGGCAACCCACAAAUUCUUAAUGCACUUGCGCCGGUACUUCAGGAGGAGAUCGAUCGUGUUGCGAAGUCUAAUGCCACAGCUGAGGACUUUGCGUCACCUGAUUUCCGGAUGCAGCGGAGAGCAACUGGAGUCCGGGCACUUUUCGGGCACCAUGGCAGAUGUGGCCAAGAAAAUCCGAGAAAACGUGGGAGUCGAAGGCGGCUAUCAUGCAAUUCCGAAGAGUCGGGAAGGACUACUUAAGUUUCAGCCGAAGCUUAGCGAGUUGCCUGUACGUUCCAUGAAGGAUUCGCACACGACCGCCAAAAUACCCCUGGAAUCCGAUGCACUACUGCGGGAACGUUUUGUAUACGCCCACGGUCGGUUGCGCAUGGGCAGAAUGCUCGAGGAACUGGACCUUCUCGCCGUGUGGAUCUGCUAUCGCCAUGUGCAUCUGCCGAAUCUUCCGGAAGGCGUUCCUCUGCCUUACACUUUUGUCACCCUGCUAGUGGACCAUGCCCUCUUCCUGGGGGAUAAAUUCAAGGUGGAUGUGGACGUGUCCCUCUCGGGUCACGUUUCGUGUACACAAAAUAGUUCCAUGGAGGUCACUGCGCACGUGAGCCAAAACGGAUUGUUGCUAGCGAAGGCCAUUUUCUUGAUGGAGGCUUGCAAUGCCACCAAUAGCGGCCCGGCUCCAGUCAAUCCCCUGAAUCCUUGCGACGGCGUCGAGGAAUGCAUACACCAGAAGGCUCUUGAUCGGCAGAAACAGCGGGCGGACAAGCCGUUCAACUCAGAGGCCAACCGGCAGCCCACGAAGGAGGAGGAGCAAAUCAUGUACGAGGUGUUCACUCGCACGAAAGGCAUAGAGGGUCCAAUGGACGAGGCCACUCUGCCCCCGAACUGUCGCUGGAUGUCCCAGUGGAGUCGCAGCACCUUGCUGCACCCGUUCCCGCAGCACCGUAACGAAUCGAACACCAUCUUCGGGGGCUUCAUCCUGCGCAACGCCAUCGAGCUAAGCUUUAUGACGGCCUGCCUCUUCGGCAGCGAUUAUACUUGUAUUCGAUUCAUUUCGGACGUCACCUUCACCCAGCAAAUUCCGGUGCACAGCUACAUAAAGCUGAGGGCCCACGUAGUUUACACCCACGAGAACUACAUUCAGCUGAUAGCAAUGGUGGAAGCCAUCGAUGGGAACCACUUCACGGAGGUGCACUGCAACAGCCUGCACCUGACCUACUCAUGCAGCAAAAAGCUGCCGGAGGUCCUGCCCAGCAGCUACCAUGAGGCGUUGUGGUAUCUUUCGGGGCGUCGCCACUUCCAGCGUUUCCUUGAGUCAGUAAGCCCAGACGAUGAUGUUAGCGGAUCAGAGAUCAUAGAAGUGGAAUAAGGGUUAAGCGAUUAAAUAUUUAAACUAUAUUGGUAAAACAACAGCAUUUCGAAAUUAAACUGAACUGUAUUUCUUA